AUGAAAGGAUCAUCGUCAUGGAGGUGGAUGAUGAAGAAACAACACGUCUUAUUUGAUGGGCAGGUAUGUGGAGCAAAGAAAAAACAGAUUCCGUUUUUGGGAUUUGUUUGUAUGGCAAUGUUGUUCAUCUUAUAUAGGACAACAAAUUACCAGUAUCAACAGGCAGAGUUGCUGUUAAUUUAUACACAGGACCCAGAUGUGGUCACCACUGGCUUAAAUGGUUUGCCUCGUGGAAUCAUUGAAGCAACGUCAGACCUGGAAUUAAAGCCUUUAUGGAGUAGUUCUAAAUCAAAGCAAACUGUACAGCGCUCUUACAAUUUGCUAGCAAUGCCUGUUGGAAUUAAACAAAAGAAUAAUGUCAAUGCCGUGGUUCAAAAGUUUCUUUCAGAAAAUUUUACUAUUGUGUUGUUCCAUUAUGAUGGAAACUUGACUGGGUGGUCAGACCUGAAUUGGAGUAGUGAAGCUGUACAUAUAGUCGCUCACAACCAAACAAAAUGGUGGUUUGCAAAACGCUUUUUGCAUCCAGCUGUCGUGUCUAGUUAUGAUUACAUAUUCCUCUGGGACGAAGAUUUGGGGGUAGAGCAUUUCCACCCUGGAAGGUAUCUCGACAUUGUCAAAUCAUCUGGACUUGAAAUAUCUCAGCCAGCGUUGGACCCGAAUUCAACCGGCAUACACCAUAGGAUCACAAUUAGAAACAGAAUGAAAAUAUUCCACAGAAGAGUCUAUGAAGAUAGAGGUAAUACCAAAUGUUCAGAUGAUAGUGAGGGCCCACCAUGCACCGGGUUUGUGGAAGGAAUGGCUCCUGUUUUUUCCAGGUCAGCAUGGCAGUGUGCCUGGCAUUUGAUACAGAACGACCUAGUUCAUGGAUGGGGCAUGGACAUGAAACUCGGCUAUUGUGCACAGGGGGAUCGCACGAAAAAUGUGGGGGUAGUUGAUAGUGAAUACGUAGUUCAUCAGAGUAUACAAUCUUUGGGUGGGCAAUCCACAGAGAAGGCCUCAAAUCCUGAAGAGUUAGUUAAGAGACACAAAGUGGAUGUUAGAUCAGAGAUUAGGAGGCAGUCGACCAUAGAGCUUCAAACUUUCAACCAACGUUGGGAUCAGGCCGUGAAGGAAGACAAUAAGUGGGUCGACCCGUUUCCUUCGACCCGGAAACGCAAGCUUAGACGCAAUCUUUAA